AUGAAAAUUACGCCGAAAGAGAUUUCUCGCGAGAUUUCUCAAAAAUCAACAAGCUACGAAAAUGAAGCUGUCGUGGUCAUUGAAGAGCCCGUUCAAGUUGGAACUGAUGGGAACCGCGUCAUCAACAGAAGCGACAUGGUUCUAGCGCCAAAAGGAAGGGAGAAAAAUCAAGGAAGGCUUGAAUUUCGAGCAAAUUCGAUUUCCGAAAAAAGCCGCCGGCGAAUUGAGCGACAAAAGUCCGAAACUGAAAAUUAUCUGAAAAAACUCAACGAAUUCGUCGAGUGCUACGGCCGAACGCACAACUUCGAUGGAGAGGAGUUCUACAACUUUGGCAUUUUCCGCUUCGGGCUCGGAAAGGACUACAUUCGCCCGUGCAAUUUUGUGAUGGUCCGAAACGAGUUGGAUCUGAACCCGAAGUUGCACUACGAUUAUUUGAUGCGCUCGAACCCGGCGCCCGGGAUGAUUCUCUCUGUCCACGGAACAGGCAUCAGCGAAUCCCUGGAUGGCGGAUACGCGGCCUCCUUGCUCGUCAAGGAGCAAAUCUACAAAGCCGCCGAGUGCACUGGCUCCUGGAUCACGACUUCGGGGAUGAACGAUCCGCUGAACAACUUGAUCGGAAGCGCCAGAUACGAAGUGGGGAGACAAACGGGCGACAAGGUGCCCAUCAUUGGGUUUCCUUUUUGGGAAGCGAUCAAGGAGAAAAACGGGCUAAAAGUCAACCCCUAUGGAAAACCGGAAGAGAAAAGGGAAGAAGAGGAGGAGGUCGAAGUCAGGAAAGAAAUCAUCAUGUCGACAAACGACAGCAGCUUGGACCGGAAUCACUCCCAAUUCAUGAUUUUCGAAGGCCGAACGAUCCGAACAAGCUCGAAUCCGCAGCGAAACAACUUUCGCUUCCACGUCGAAAUGAAAUUCAAAGAUGAAGGGGACGGAAUCCCCGUGGCAAAUAUUCUCGUCUCCGGCGACUUGAGCUCGUUGAAAUCGAUUAUUCUUAGCUGGGCUCGGAAACUUGAGUAG